GUUAGCAUCAGGAGCACUCAAGGAACACAAAACUUUUUUCUUCAUCUACCUAGGUCGGCCGGAGACGAUAGAUACUAGACGAAGGCUCUGUCGCUGAACAUUUGUACAUGCUUAAUAAGCUAAUAAGAGAGGAAGAGAUAGAGAGGAGAUCGAUGAUGGGUUUCUCCGGUGCUCUGCAAUGGUGGGAUGAAUGGCACCUGCGCGUUCUGGCGCUGGGCAGCCUCUUCAUCCAGUACUUCCUCUUCGUCUCCGGCACGGUGCGCAGGCGUGCUCUUCCAGCUUGGCUCAGGCUCUUCAUCUGGCUUGCCUACCUCGGUGGGGAUGCUCUGGCGAUAUACGCGCUGGCCACCCUCUUCAACCGCCGCUCGCAGCUACCCGGCGACGGGAGCGGCAGCGGCCUGGAGGUCGUAUGGGCGCCUGUCCUCCUCGUCCACCUCGGCGGCCAGCACAACAUGACUGCCUACAGCAUCCAAGACACCGAGUUGUGGAUGCGCCAUGCCAUAACGGUGGCAUCCCAGGUCUCGGUCGCCCUCUACGUAUUCUGUAAGUUGUGGUCCGGGGAGAAGGGGUUAUUGCAGGCCGCAAUCUUGAUGUUCGUCUUCGGCAUCAUCAGAUCCUGCCAGAAGCCAUGGGCUCUCAAGAGCGCCAGUAUCAGUGCCAUCGCCAGUAGCAGUGCAACCCUUGUUCCCAGCUCUCCAUCGGCGCUAAGGAAACAAGGUAUGGUUGCCCUUUUCUGGCAGGUCUGCACGUGCGGUUAUGGCUAUGGAUUUCAAUCAACCGGAUUUCUGGAAGCAGUAGCCGAAGAGAAGGACAUUUUGCCUCAAGAAUUUGCAAAAGAAGCAAGAAAGUGUGUACUGGAGUCAGAGUUAGCCCAUGAUCAAGACAAAGCAGAACUACUAGCUGAACCUUCGGUGGAAAUGUAUGUCAACAUGGUACUGGGAGACAUACCAGUUCCAUACUCUACCCGGAUUAAAAUCUUACAGCGUUUCAUGGCCCUUGAUUUUCCACAUGCAUAUCACCUAUCAGAUUGCAUGUUCCUUUUGUCAUUUUUGCUCCUCUACACAAGAAAGACCAUUUUAAUCAGUCGCCUUGGCUUAUGUUUGCAUCUCUUGCUCCCAUUCCUGGCCUUAGCUUCUGUCGUCAUCCUCUUUUCCACGGGCCACAAAUAUCUUGGAUACAAAUACAACAUGACAGAUGUCAAGGUAACUUACAUCUUGUUCUCUUGUACUGCGCUGCUGGAUUUCCUAAUGCUAUUGGUUAGUCGUUUCAUCACAUUCAUACCACCAGUCAAGGUUGCCCAGCAUAGCCUCUUGUCGUGUGCUUCUCGCAACAAGAGGCCCACUAUUUUGAUGAAGCUUGCCACAGUUGUCUGCUGCAAGGACUAUGUUAACAUGCAUUGUUAUAUAGAACAGGCACCAGAAACAUCCACAGCCUAUAUUGUACAUUUGGUUCAUGGAUAUGUGAAGGAUGGGUGGAAACAACACAUCCACAACGCUGACAGCUACAGAAGAUUCAAUAGCCGCGGGGGCCAUUGGACUCUGAGGAAGAGGAGGCUUCGGCGCCUGAGGUGGAGCUUGAACAUGGCAUUCGAUAGAAGUGUCCUUCUCUGGCACAUCGCCACGGAACUAUGCUAUGGCAGCACAACCAAUCGAAUUCCAGAAUGCGUCCAAGGAAGCAUGGUGAUAUCCAACUACAUGGCUUACCUGCUCUGCAUCCAUCCUGAGAUGCUAAUGCCCGGGACCAGGAGCAGUAUCUUCACUUUCGCCUGCCAUGAUGUUGAGCUCAUGCUAGGCCAUGAGUCUUCCUUGGGGGAUCUGGUUCCCAAUGCACACAGGCUUCAUUACCAGUUGCUGGAGCUGCAUGACGAAGGGGAGAGGUGGGAGGUGGUACAGGGAGUAUGGGUCGAGAUGCUAUGCUACUCUGCCAGUAGGUGCAGGGGUUACUUGCACGCCAAGAGCUUGAGUGAAGGUGUGGAACUCUUGUCCCGUGUUUGGCUGCUCUUGUUAUUCAUGGGGAUGGAGACAUUCGCGGAUAGGUUUCAGAGGCCCUUUACACGGAGAGAAGUCCACGAUGAUGAUGCAGGCAGAACUGACGAGAACGAGAUUAAUAUUUCUAUUGUCUAAGUUAUAUUUUUUUCAACCUUUAUUUAUUGUGUUCGUUGAGGUUGUCGUGACGACGAGGGACUUUCUUCCUAGUUGUAAUAUUUUAUGUAUUGCUUUUGUUUCAAUAUAGUAGUCGUCUAGCUUCUAGGCUAUCUUAAGCAUAUUUAGAUGCGUGUACCCCUACCCCUUGUAACACAUCGAUUUGUGAAUCAACCAAAGCAAAAGAACAGUCUCGACAGGAGCAUGUGG